AUGUCGAGUUCUCGUUCCAACUUCAAGAACGAAACCGUUUCCAGCAACAUGAAACGCAAUACUCCUGUUAUCGCUCGCGAGCCGCGAAAGACUCGAGGAUCUGGAGAAGCUAGUAGUUUCCGCAGCCAGCGCACCGGGGAAGGAGAAUCCAAGGGUCAUACAGGCACUGGAAGGCGAAAGGUGGAAGUGCCCAUCUCAACUCUGGCAUGGUUCGCCGGUGGCGGAACGAGAAAAAAGUCGAAGCCCAAGAACGCCGACUAUGGGAAGGAGAAGGAGAAGGCCGAGCAGAAGCCCCCGCCCCCGAAGAAGACUACGUAUGUUGGUAACUCGUUUCCUGGUGGGCAACUCGUUAGAUCAUCUCGUAGGAAGCAGACUGGGGAUGGUAAGGUUAAACUCAAGAACGGUGGCGGAUUUCUUGGGUGGUGA